AUGAAUUUAUUAUUAGUUAUUAUCACAUUGAUAAUCGAUAUUAGUUCUGGUCAAUUUUCGGCUCCUAUCUCAGACCAUGAUGCUUAUGGUCUUAAAAUAACUGGUAAUGAUAUAAUGCUGGUUGAAGCAUUAGAUGAUACUCAAAUAUUUGUUAUUCAAUUUGCUCCUUACAAUUCUACAUCACAAUCACAUCAGUGUUCUCUUAUGUACAAUGAUUCUACUCACUAUGUAUAUUCUGUAGGUAUUGGUGAAAAACAAAUGUUAAAUCAGUUAUAUUUCUUUUAUGUUGGAGAAAUUCUAUCAAACAAUCCAUCGACCACUAAUUUAUCAGGUUCUAGAAGUACCUUUAUCGGUAUAUUAAUUAAUAAAGAUCCACAAAAUGCCCAAAUCUAUGAAGAUACACAGACAUUAAUCAACUGCAAUUAUUUUGAAUAUCAAUCGCUUCAAUUUAUUCCGUCUUAUGGUCAUCAAGAAUUUGUUGUAUUUGGUGUUGAACCUUAUGGUCAAUAUGCGAUUGGUUUAGCAAAAGAUUUUCUUUUUAUUUAUCGUCCAUUCUCUGAUAAAAUGAUAGAAAUAAAGAAUAGUAGUCUUGUAUGGCCUAAUAAUACAAUAUUUAUGCCUAUGGCAGCUGACACAGAUAUUUCUUAUACAAUUGUUGCUGGUUUUGUUAUUAAUGGUCCUUUAUUUCGAGUACGUGCAACACCAACAGUCUAUAUUAUAUCAAAUUCUAAUCUGACCAUCUUAGCAACAUGGUCAUAUACAGCUAUACUUAAUUCAUGGCAAUCUCAUUUAACUUAUUCAAAUUUUAAGACCUGGUCAAACAAGUAUGUUAUGUCGAUUAAUAUCAAUAUUAAUGAUCCUAGUCGAAUUCUGGUUGGUAUGCCAUUUCUUAAUAUAGUAUUUUUAUUAAUCGUUAGUUUAAAUGGUAGCAAUUUAACACUUGAUAGUUUUGUCGAUAAUGGAGAUUUAAAAGGAUUCGGUAAGAGUGUUACAUGGUUAUCGAAUUCUGAAGCAGCAAUAUUAAGUUCAAAUUAUCCAGGAGAUGAUUUCUCGAAAAUUUACUUCUAUAAAUCAUUGAAUAAUAGAAGUUUGCCAUUAUUACCUUCUGUUAUAUUUCCUAAUAUUCAACAAACUUUACCAACAACAAUUAAUGCUCAUUUCAUUCGAAUGAUUUCAACACCAACUUCACUUGCUAUACUUGAUAUUCUUGGUGAAAUUCUUCUUAUUUUAUCUUCACCACCUGGAUAUUUUGCAUCGACAAGUUCAUCUAUAGCCGAUUCAAUACUUACUGUUAGUCAAUCAAUGAUAUGCAUGGCUGGUACAUAUAAAAUGGAUAGUAGUAUUUUUCCAUGUUCUCUAUGUCCAAGUGGCACACAAAAUUCAGGUAGCCUUCCAGUUAGUUCAUGUAUGAUUUGUUCAUCAAAUAGUUUUUGUCCAAUGGGAGCUGUAGCUGAUAUAAAUAGAAGUUUUCUUCUUCCACAGUCACAAUCAAAUAUUCAUCCACGUUCACGUGAAGUUACUGCAUUCGAUGAAAUUCUUCUUCAAAAUAUGUUUUCAAGCAGUGCAAAUGAUCAUUGUCUUUUCGUUUCACCUCUUUUUUGGGUAUUAUUGGUUAUUGGUAUCGUUUUUAUCAUAUUACUCGGUAUGGGUAUACUCAAACAAUAUGUUCGACAUCCUAGAAGUCAUCAAGUGCGUCAUCAUGUCAAGGAAAUUUUUCGAAAAAUUGAUCUUAUCAAUGAAGGCAAAAUGUGGAUAGGUGGAUUGGUUUCACUUGCCAUUAUAGUUCUUCUUUCGUUUGCUUAUACGUUUUCUAUUCGUUUUUAUCAACAAUAUCCAUCACACAAUAGUGCUCCAUCGACAUCUGCUUGUGAUGAAAUAAUUCAUAAUGUUAAAUAUGAAAGUGGUUUACAAUCACUUUCGAUUACAGCAUCGAAAGAAGAACAACCUAUGUUUGAUCUUCUCAAUAAACAACACUUUAUUCUUCGUGUGGAACUAUUAAAUACUAUUGCUUCAUGUAAAAGCUUGUCCGUUCAGCAAAUUCUUGGAUCAGCAACAUCUAAAGUAAUCUUUACUUGUACAGAUUCGAUUGGAAUUCUAACAGCUGCUAUUGAAUUAGCCUAUCAAAAAACAAUAAUCAAAUGGAUUCUUAAUGAUAUUGCACUUAUCGGAGCUGUACGUAUCAGUCUUUCAGCUAAUGGACAAGAAAAUGAAUUGUAUCGAUUAAAAAACCUCGAUUUUAGUCAAACAUUUUAUGAUGAUUUAAAUCGAACACUGGCUCAAAUGGCGACUAUUAAUCUAAAAUUGACCAAGGCAAUCAAUGAGACUGAACCACUUCGAGGACAUGAAUCCUCAUUUUCGGGAAUUUGGUAUCCAACAUUUAUGAUGAGCGAAGAUCAUGUGUUUAUCUCAUCUGAAGAAUAUGAUAUAUCAGCGAAUCUUACAUCGACUACAUUGACUAUUGUAUUAAGUGAAACAUCCUACUAUAUCAAAAAUCGUCAAUUACCUAUUGCUAAACUACGUGAAAUCAUCUUUCAUAAUCUUCUUUUUACAGUUGUUUGUCUAGAAAUUUUUCGUCUCCUUAUUCUUCUUUGGGAACUGACGAUUAUGCCUCUAUUGAAUUUUAUAAUGAGACACUUACAAAAAAAGAAUGAAAUCGUAUUAAUGAAGAUUGAAGGUACUGAUGCUGAUACAAUAAUAGACGAUCAUGAUACAACACCAACAGACGACCAUCAAAGAACAAAUGAUCAUGGUACAACAACAAACGAUUACAAUGUCGUCGAAUUGAAUUUAUGA